UAUAUGAGUGGCGACGAUGCAGUGCGACAACGUUCCAAAUGUGAUUGAAUUUUUGUUGUCUCCGCCCUGUUCAAUCUUCCAUCUGGGCGUUUUGAACAGGCAUGUACUCACUUCAAAUAUCAAUACUUGCACCACCUUCGGGCAGACGUCGAAUUGAAAUUAGCGAUAAGAAUAGCACUCAAUAUACAUCGGAUUGUCUUAAAAAACAUUUUACCGAGAAAGCAAAGUAUAUUGCCAAAUUGAGCAAAGAAAAUAAAACAGUAAGUUGGGGUGGAAGAAAAGAUGGUGCUCUAGAACAAAUAAUCUUGAAAUUGGCUGUUUUGGGUCCAGGAGCUAAAGAUGGAAGAAAUUUAGUUGAAGUAACAACAUUUGACAGUGAACAAAAUAAAAUAAAAGCUAUCGUUUGUGCAUUAACUGCUGGAAAAGAUGAGAAUCGUACACUGGGAGAUUUACCUUUAUUUCCUCCAGCUAAUUUUACUCUUGUUGAAGGUAGCGGGCCGGUUAAUAUUGUCGCCAGUCAUCUGAUUAUGGAUGAGGAUGAUCUGUCUGAUGAAGACGAUGAAGAUUUGUCCGACUUUGAAGAAUCAAUGGAAGAUUUGAGAGAAAAACUGAAAGCGAAGAUGGCAGGUGGAAAGGGAGAUGCAGCGAGCUCAAAAUCGAAAAAACAAUCGAAGAAAGCAGAUGAGUUGGAUGACGAUGAAGAGGAGGAUGAUGAUGAUGAAGAUGAAGAAGAAAAUGGCUUUAUCAAAAUGGAAUCAAAAUUGGCAGAUGAUGACGAUGAAGACGAGGAUGCAGAUGAUGAUGACUAUGAAGAUAUGGAUGAUGACGAUGAGUCUGACGAGGAGGAAAAAGAGCAAGUAAAAGUACCGACGAAAAAGAGAAAACUGACCAAUGGCAAAUCUGCCACUACAGAGAAUAAGUUGACAUCACCGGAAAGAACAAAAAAGAACAGUCAAGAGCAGAAAACUCCAGUCUCACAAAAAAACACAUCGGUCAAAACACCGAAAAGUGAGAAGAAAACUCCAGCAAAAAUAAAGUUUACUUCCGUUGAUGAAGUGAAGGCCGCAAUUAAAAAGUGUCCAGGUGGAAAACCAAGAAAACAAGAUAAGUUUUUGAACUGGCUCGGAAAUCAAUACAAAGUAACUGAUGAAUCAUGGAAAAAUGACCUGUGGGUGUGGCACAAAAAGGAAUUGGGAAUAUAGAUUUCGCCAUUCGUCGUCGAAAUCGAAAGCAUAUUGGGUGCUUGACAGCAUAACGCUAGCCAAACGAAUUUUUAUGAUUGCACUCGCAUGAGGCAUUUUUUACUUCUCGUAAAUCGAACAUUUUUCAGAUCAUUUUCUCAAUUUCCAUUGGGGAAAGUCAGUAAAACGUUUUCUGUAUUACAAUGUUAUUUCUGUGCCUGACACAUUGCUUUGUAAGUUAAAGUUCU